UCAAGCACCAUGGUCUCCACCGCACGCGUGGCCCUUCCCUUACCGAUUUAGACUCUGUUAAUUGCUCCUAUAUAUAUUGCAAAAUAAUGAAAUAUUGAUGGUACUGGAUCGAUCACUGCCACCCCACCCAGCGUGCGUAGCUGAACGAAAAUGCUUCCCCUUUCGCCUCAUGAUCAACCUUUCAUUUCCUGCUACACUUUGUUUGUUUUGGGUGCCUUGUUGUUUUUUACUUGUCAAAUGGUGAAGAUGAUGCGGUUCCAAAGAAGAGAAUCAACAGCUGGUAUUCCUCCGGGGAGUCGAGGAUUGCCAUUGAUUGGAGAGACCCUGCAGUUCAUGGCUUCCAUCAACAGUGGCAGAGGCUUCUACGACUUUGUCCGAGUUCGCCGUCUCCGGUACGGGAACUGCUUCAGGACUAAUCUCUUCGGGGAGACGCAUGUUUUUGUUUCGAGCACGGAAUCCGCCAAGGCAAUCUUAAACAAUGACUUGGGAAAAUUCACCAAGAGAUACAUAAGGUCAAUCGCGGAGCUGGUGGGAGAUCAAAGCCUUCUAUGCGCAGCUCACCAAGAGCACAAGCUGAUCCGUAGCCGUCUCGCCACUUUGUUCUCAACAAGCUCCAUAUCAGUCUUCAUCAAACAGUUUGAUGAACUGGUUGUGGAAACUCUUCGCGGCUGGGAACAUGCAAGCACUGUGGUCGUACUCGAUGAAGCACUCGAGAUAACUUGCAAAGCUAUGUGCAAAAUGCUGUUAAGUCUAGAGAGCGGGCAUGAACUGGAGAUGUUGCAAAAGGAGGUCUCUCAAGUUUGUGAAGCAAUGCUUGCAUUCCCUUUGAGGUUACCUUGGACAAGAUUUCAUAAAGGCCUUCAGGCCAGAAAAAGAAUAAUUAACAUAUUGGAGAAGUCAAUUAGUGGAAGAAGAAGAGGCACAGAAGCCGAUCAUGAAGAUUUUCUACAACAGAUGUUGAUGGAGGAUGAUAAAGCAUCUAGUGAUGAAGCUCCUAGGCUAACAGAUGCAGAGAUUAAAGACAACAUCUUAACCAUGAUUAUUGCAGGUCAGGAUACAACAGCAAGUGCAAUCACAUGGAUGGUCAAAUUCCUAGACGAGAACCAAGAGGUCCUCGAGACACUUAGGAAUGAACAAUUGCACGUGGCAAAAAAGAUUUCAUCCAUGUCAUAUCUUUCACUAGAAGAUCUUAGUGAGAUGCCUUAUGCUUCUAAGGUUGUAAAAGAAUCCUUAAGAAUGGCAUCCGUCGUACCAUGGUUCCCAAGACAAGCCCUCCAAGACUGUGAGAUUGAAGGAUUUAAGAUCAAGAGAGGGUGGAACGUUAAUAUUGAUGCUAGAUCGAUACACCUGGAUCCUGUGGUGUACAGUGAUCCAAACGAAUUCAAUCCUCCGAGAUUUGAUGAUGAGUCAAAACCAUACAGCUUCUUAGCUUUCGGGAUGGGAGGGAGGACAUGCCUUGGGAUGAACAUGGCCAAAGCCAUGAUGCUCGUCUUUCUCCACCGUCUGAUCAUCACAUACAGGUGGAAGGUGAUCGACCCAGACAGAAGAACUGAGAAGUGGGCGCUUUUUUCAAGAUUAAAAAGCGGUUGCCCGGUGCGUGUGACAAAAAUCAGUGAGGAUAUUGCAUCGAUCUGAUUCAAUUCACAAAGGAUGACAAGAUUUCAUGUACUCUGUAAACAUCAAUACUUUGUGUAAUAUAUGGGUUGUUUUAUUCUAUUUUUUUACGUGUC